UGUCGCGGUGCAAUGCAAUACGGCAAGUGGGCCCUGGAGAGUACAUACAGAUCAGACGGCAUUUGUCCAUGGGCCCACGGCCCAUUCAUUCUCCCCUCCAUUUCAGGGGAAGCAGCGAUCAACCGGGAGGAGAGGAGGACAUGCGACGUACACGAGGCACAUGCAACGAGAUCAUCGAUCGAUCAAGGUAAAACAGCACGAACAGUUGACGCGAAAUCGUCGAAUUGGAGCGGGAUGGAUGUGGUGUGGCCGCACGGGCACGGCGUCUGGGGCUCGUCGUCGGCGUCGCGGCGGUCGGCGAUGCUCCACGGCAGCCUUGACAUAUGGAUCCACGAGGCGCGGAACCUCCCAAACAUGGACAUCGUCUCCAAGACCGUCGUCGACAUCCUCGGGACGAAGAAGAAGAAGAAGGCGGCCAACGGCGCCAUGACCAGCGACCCCUACGUCACUGUGCAGCUCGCGUCCGCCACCGUCGCGCGCACCUACGUCGUCAACGACGACGAGAACCCCGUGUGGGCGCAGCACUUCCUCAUCCCCGUCGCGCACGAGGCGCCCGCCGUCCACUUCCUCGUCAAGGACAGCGACGUCUUCGGCGCCGAGCUCAUCGGCGAGGUCGUCGUCCCCGCCGAGCAGCUCGAGGCCGGGGAGCACGUCGAGGGCGUCUACCCGGUCCUCGAUCCCGCCGCCGGCAAGCCGUGCGCCCCCGGCGCCGUGCUGCGGCUGUCGGUGCAGUACAUCCCCGUGGCGAGGCUAACCAUGUACCACCACGGCGUCACCCCGGGCCCGGACUUCGCCGGCGUCCCCAACACCUACUUCCCGCUGCGCCGCGGCGGCCGGGUGACGCUGUACCAGGACGCGCAUGUGCCGGAGGGCUCGCUGCCGGAGAUCAGGCUGGGCAAUGGCGCGCUCUACCGGCAAGGCCAAUGCUGGCACGAUGUCUACGACGCGAUAUCGCAGGCGAGGAGGCUCAUCUAUAUCACCGGGUGGUCGGUGUUCCACACCAUUCAGCUUGUGCGGGACGGCGGCGCCGGCGUCUCGCUGGGCGAUCUGCUGAAGAGGAAGUCGCAGGAGGGGGUGAGGGUGCUGCUCCUCGUCUGGGACGAUCCAACGUCAAGGAACGUCCUUGGUAUCCAGAUGGAAGGUUACAUGGGCACACGGGAUGAGGAGACCCGUAGAUUUUUCAAGCAUUCUUCAGUUCAGAUACUGCUCUGCCCGCGUUCUGCUGGGAAAAGGCACAGCUGGGUUAAGCAGCAGGAGACCGGAACCAUUUUUACACAUCAUCAGAAAACAGUGAUUCUGGAUGCUGAUGCCGGCAACCAUAAAAGGAAAAUAGUUGCUUUUGUUGGAGGCCUUGAUUUAUGCGGUGGACGAUAUGAUACACCUACUCAUCCUCUUUUUCGGUCUCUCCAGACAUUGCACAAGGACGACUAUUAUAACCCAAACUUUGCGGUACUUGAUGCCCAAGGGCCAAGAGAACCAUGGCAUGAUUUGCAUUCUAAGAUUGAUGGCCCAGCGGCAUAUGAUGUCUUGACAAACUUUGAGGAGCGCUGGUUAAAGGCAUCCAAGCGCAGCGGGGUUAAAAAAUUGUCAAAGGCAAAUAAUGACACAUUGCUAUGGAUUGGAAGGAUACCUGAUAUUGCAAGCAUUGACGAUGAAGUGUAUUCAAGUGACAAUGAUCCAGAGCGAUGGGAUGUUCAGAUAUUCCGGUCAAUUGAUUCAAAUUCUGUCAAGGGUUUUCCCAAAAAUCCAAGAGAAGCAACCAGUAAGAAUCUCGUUUGUGGGAAAAACGUACUAAUUGAUAUGAGCGUACAAACCGCUUAUGUGAAUGCAAUCCGAGGAGCUCAACACUUCAUCUAUAUUGAAAAUCAGUAUUUCCUUGGUUCUUCAUUUAAUUGGGAUUCACAUAAAGAUGUAGGUGCUAAUAACUUAAUACCGAUUGAAAUAGCUCUCAAAAUUGCCAACAAGAUUUAUGCCAAUGAGAGGUUUUCAGCGUACAUAGUAAUUCCAAUGUGGCCUGAAGGUAAUCCUACUGGUGCUCCUACACAGAGAAUACUUUACUGGCAGAAAAAAACAAUGCAAAUGAUGUAUGAGGUAAUUCACAAGGCAUUGAAAGAAGUAGGGCUGGAUAACACAUAUGAGCCACAGGAUUACCUGAACUUCUUCUGUCUUGGCAAUCGUGAAGCAGGCGGCAGUCCUAGCACUUGCAGAGGAUCAAGUUCAGCCAACAAUCCCCAGGAUCAAGCUAAGAAGAACCGGAGGUUCAUGGUGUAUGUGCACUCGAAAGGGAUGAUCGUGGAUGAUGAAUACGUGAUAAUUGGAUCGGCUAACAUUAACCAGAGAUCCAUGGAAGGAACCAGAGACACCGAGAUCGCCAUGGGAGCGUACCAGCCCCAGUACACAUGGGCAAACAUGCUUUCUGCUCCUCGUGGACAGAUCUACGGGUACAGGAUGUCACUGUGGGCAGAGCACAUUGGAGCGGUGGAGGAAAGCUUCAGUUGCCCAGAGAGCCUGGAGUGCACGAGGCAGGUUCGGCACAUCGGGGAGCAGAACUGGAGGCAGUUCGCCUCCAGCGAGGUGAGCGAGAUGAGAGGGCACCUCGUCAAGUACCCCGUCAGCGUCGCCCGCGACGGCAAGGUGAAGCCCCUGCCGGGAUGCGCCGCGUUCCCGGACCUCGGCGGCAACAUCUGCGGCACGUUCCUGCCCAUCCAAGAAAACCUCACCAUAUGAAACAGGAUAAAGAUGUUUUCGUUUGCGAUUCUUGAGAAGGGAUUCUUGUGAAAGCAGCCCUGGACGCGUUGCAUUCGUUGUAGAUGUGCAGAUUUUUCUCUUUUCUUCGUUACGAUUUGGAGGAUGUGAAAUUUUGGGUUGGGAUCAACACAGAUUUCUUAGAUUUCGCCGCGAGA